AUGGAGAUUUUCUUGUUCUCUGUCGUGAUUCUUGGACCGGCUGUGUGGUCAAUCGCUCUCACGUCGCACCGCAUCACUCGAACGAUUCGAUGUAACCAUUCGUUAGUUUUCAUUCACAGCAGUUCGAUUUGUCUGUUGAUGAAUUGCCAAGUUGCAAGAAUACCACAAGUGGAGAAUAUGGUCCAGUGGAGCUUCCUGGAACCUUGGCGUGCUGUACUGCGUGGCAAUGCCAUACAACGAAGUAACGACACUGCCCGGUCAGUUCUACGAGUGGCGAUCUUUUUCGAGGAAAACAACGCAAUCGACCAAACUAUUUACUUGAAGGUUCCUCCAGAUGCAACGAAGCAACAACAGCUUCGAGAAGCUAUGGAGCUGUUUACGGUGCUAUCGUUUAUGGACAAUAAAGCAUUCAUAGAGUUGGCGACUCGAUCGACGGCAACCCAGACAACAAAGAUCAGAGCAGACUGCUUUUGGUUUCCGAAGUGGGAGCUCCAGCUUUACGAUUCCACGAGUUAUGCCGGUGGAGACCAGACUCGAGCAACUUGGGGUACUUUGCUAGGGUUCUCGGAUGAGUAUUCUCGUGAAUUCCAGGAAGCCAUCGCGAAGCUAGAAGCUAUGGGUCUGGAAGACUCCAUCAAAAGCUACAGCCAGAAUACGUUUUUGAUUCGAUGGGCGUUUGCCCUGAAGGCAGCAGAAGUAAUUGGCCGGCAGAUAUCCGACACGUUGCUCUCUCCAACGUUGUUAUCGCUUCGGGGACAAUUUCGUGGACUAUUCGACAUCGACGUCCCGCCGAUUGGGCAGCUCUGGGUAAGUCGUGGGUUGGCUGAUACGUGGAAUGCACUAAGCAAUGAAACUGCUAGCUCGUGUAAUGUCGUGAUCGCACAAAGGUUGAGGUGGAGUCAACCAGCCAUCCGUGACCUGCCAGCGGCACUGGCCCGAACAUCAACAUCACACUUUAGCCUGAAUCUUGGUAUUGACACGGUGAACUCGCGACAAAAGGUUGUAAAUGCUGGGAACAAACAGCAGCCAGAUAUCUCCCGAUACGAUUCAACUGGAAUAUGGCAGCUUAACUUGUCCAGUGGGUUUGUUUGUGACCGGAUGCUCGUUUCGGUCUGCUCGGCAGUCGCUGAAGUGACCGCCGAGGCGAAUCUAGCCGUGUGCAGACUGGGUUUAAAAGGCGUGAUGAGGUGGCAAUGGUUAGCUUACGCGCUGUGCGGUGGAGUUUCAGACGUUCAAGUACCGUCGGUCUCAAUUAUAUGGGAGACACUGACAAAGUCCGAGCUUACGGCCAUUCCUGCGGUACUUCAGACCAAGUAUCCUCUGCCAAUACUUGAAUCGGCUCAAACAGGGCACUACGAGUACGGCUUUGUAGACAUCGAACAAGGCACCGAGCUGCACCUUGGUGAAGUUAAUGAUGACGACGAGGACAGUACCUUUCUAAUUUUCCGUACGUGUCGUUACCGAGCACUCUACGUCCAUACGAACGGUAGGUGGGUGGACGUUGUCGUCCCUGGGUAUGGCGUUUGUGAGGUGAAACCGGGCAACGGCGUCCGAUUUACCCCAGCUUCCGGCAAGGCUGACUUCCGACGAAAACGUUUCUGCGGUGAAUUGAGCAUGGAGUACGUUACUUUUGAGAGUGCUGCUGUAUUGAUGGAUCUGUUGUCGCUAGUCACGUGUGGCCUCCAUUCGUUAACACUGAGAGCUCAUGAAGACUUUGCCGCCACUUUCGCAAUUGAUAUCGACCUUUGUGCGCUGUCGGUUGCAUGCCCAGAGCUCCAAGAACUGUCUAUCGCCAUAUUUAAUGUCGUGAUAUCUGCCCAUAGCGAGUCCCUGUGUCGCUGGCCCAUCAAGGCGCUCUACCUAGAAAGCCCGGUCUUGUUGUCGGACUUGGCCCGGUGUUUGAGAAACCCGCAGCUACGAAUGGCCCGUGAGCUCGUCUGUCUUGAUGUGAGUCCACGACAAAAUGAGGUAUUCCCCCAAGAAGAAGUAGACGAGUUAAAGACCCACGACGGCGAGUUCCUGCCUGCCACGAAAGAGAAACUCCCUGCGCGGUCGAAGGCUGCGUUUGUAAGUGUCGCCACGAGGGCAUCCAGUGCCAUGAAGCCGAUAUACCGCCUGGACGCAUUCAUUUUAGUCCUCAUUUUUGUGUUUGCCUCUACUCCGCAACAACGGUCCGUCGACUGUCGGUCUGAGUGGUAA